AAUUUCUCUGAAGUCGCAUAACCCAUGAAUAGAGAUGAAACAUGAAUAAUACUUCUGAUUCUAUUUAUUGGUCCGAGCUGCAUUGCUCGAAAGAUGCUCUAACUGAUACCUAUGGCUGGUUUAUGCAAUUUCUCUUAGCUGUUCUGGCAUUCACUUGUUUAAUAGGUAAAAGGUUCUGUGAACCCCGAUACGCCCGGAGACCAUGGCUGAUUUGGUUCUACGACACGUCGAAACAAGGCCUAGGGGCUCUGAUUAUACAUGCAGCCAAUGUUUGGCUCUCACCACAUCUCACAGGCAAUCCAUGCACUUGGUACAUAGUAAACUUCAUGUUGGAUUCCACUUUGGGACUGUUGAUCAUAUGGGCUGGAAUACGAUGGGCUCAGAACUGUGCCCGCACUUAUGACAUACCACUCAUCAACUUUGGUGAAUAUGGUAAACCACCAAUGUGCACCGCUUGGCUAUGCCAAUGUGUGUUAUACGCGGCGCUGGCAACGUUUGCCAAAUCUAUGCUAGCGCUAGUUCUGCGAUUGCCGCCGGUGGUAGCGGUGUUAUCUACCCUAAGACUAUCGCCAGUAUCUGAUCAACGAAUUGAGUUGGCUGUCGUUAUGCUUAUUAUACCCUUUUUUGUUAACAUUUUAAUAUUCUGGGUGACAGACAACUUCCUGAUGUACCAUCCGAGGGGUGUUAGCUCUAAAAUUAAAACGAAGGUGCGUUAUCAAUCAAUAAAGAAAGAUAAGUCAGGGUCCGAAGACGAUGAGCAAUCGGCGGAUGAGCGUCUACUCGGCGCGAGCGUAUGACCACACAAAAAGCCCAUUGCUCUACGGGCUUGAUCGCAAUAUCCUAGAUAAGUACGACUUGCCUUUGUCAUUGUAACUUACUGUUUUUAAUAUUAUUCUUCUUGGAUUAUAACAUAUAAUCCAAUAAAGACUGACAGUUGGGUGAUGUCGAAAUUUAAAGAACGUUGACGUCAAAACCAUUAUUAGUUGUAGGUAGGUUUUGCACAGGUUCAUCAAGGAUAUAAAAAUAGAAAUUUGACGGAUUUAGUCCUCUUCGCGAUGCUACAGAGGCGCAGGUGAUGAUGACGUAGGGAAUCGUGCGGGGAGGGGGAGGCAGGCGCUAUUAUAGAGCUAUUUUGAUGCAGCUCAGUGCACUUGCUACGCGGUGAGCAGUACACGUUUUGACGGGUCGUGAUCGCUCUGUGAAGCAUACAUACGAGAUUACAUUCCCGAGAUAAAUCGAUCUAUUUUCGGACACAAAAUUAGUAGUUAGGCUUAGCAAUUGACAUUUAGCAUAUUUUUAAGAAAAGAAAAUUUCUGCCCGAUUGCUGCAGAAUAUCAACAAGAUAUAAAUUUAAAUAAAGCAAUAACAGAACUUCCGAGAUUAUCGAAAAAGUGUGUGUAGGAUUGCAUAACUAGACAAGACAUUGAAACAGAAUAAUCAACGUUUGAAGUCUCUGAGAAAAAUAUUUCCCUUUGUUUAAAAAAUAAAUAAAAUAUAUCUCGUGUGUGUUUAUUUUAUUUCAAUUUUUUAUAUAUUUUUUUGGUAUCUGCCAUAUUAUUUAAUAAAGUAUAAUUAUUUUCAUUCGGUCUACGUCAAAUAGAUAAUGGUGCCAUUGAUGCCUUAACACGCCAUUAAGCAAUCAUAAUCAUAACUAAAUGUUUAAACUGUCCUCAAAUGUUUUCAUCUCGUGUGCAUCGCACUGCAUCACGCACCCACCUCCUGCUCCUGUAGCGUAGCGGUCGAGAACUGCCUUAUGCGACUUUUCUAUACGUAAUUAGUAACACUGUAUAGACACUAAAACGUAAGGCGUAUUACAGACACGUUUGUCAAUCUAACAUACAAUUGAAAAACUGGUAGCUGUUGUUCAUCGCGUACUUACGACUGACAGGUUAUGUUUGGUCUCUCGCCAUGUUGCGAAAAUUGAAAAAAUGAUAUUACUUGCUUAGAUGUUAAACAUCAAGCAAGCGCUACCAUUUCAGUGUCCAAAGGUAACUUUAAAUCUACACCAUUUUUAAGUUGUAAGUCUUUUAAGUCUAAUUAUGAAGAGUUGCUCAAUGGUUUUGAGAUUUAUGAGGCUAAGUUUAUCUAAGUUAAUUAUUUUAAAUCGUGUAAUGACAAGGGCAAGUGUAAAAUGGUGAAUAUAAUCAUUUAAUAAGGGAUACACAUAUUUUUACAUUAUGUUACAUACAUAGACUCUAUUGAAAUUGUAACUAUCAUAACGUAAAUAUUCAUUAGACAUGUUUUUUAUUGAGUUAUUAAUAUUAUUUAUUUGUUAUUCAGGAUUUUUUAUAGUAUAAAUAUGACCAAAGCUGUAUAGGCUUCGUAGGAAUUGUUUUAGGUGGAUAUUACAAUAAUUUUUUUUCGAGUACUGUACCCUGAAAGAGAGUUAAUCAAACUCUGCCUUGUGAAUUUAAGAAUAUUUAUGAAUUUGCGAUAUAGCAAUGUUUACCUUUGUUGUCAGAAAAAACAACAGUGAAUGUUAAGGUAGUAUAGUUUAUAUACAAAACAUAAAGAUUCAUUUUAAUUAGCACUUUCCAAAUCCUUGAAAUGUAUCAUUAUAACAAUAGCAUAUCGAAUAUAUUUUGUAAAGUUUUUGCGUAUAUUUAUCGAAAUCAACUUGAAUACUCAUUGAUGCUAUUAAAUGUAUUAUAUGGUAGUUUGUUAAAUAACAAUGAGCUUCUUAUAAAUAUUUACAUUUGACAUAUAUAUUAUAAUAAUGACUUUCCUAAUAAAGUCGGGACAACUUUAUGUUUAAUGUCCAUCAGUCGUUACCAGCCUACUAAAGCCUCUCGCAGCGCCUGAACGUAGUACUUUCUAACGUUUUGUGUACAGAUUAGUUACCUUUAAAUGAUCCGUUUAUAAAACCAGAUGAGGUGGGCAAAAACUGCACCGAUUUAUUUGGUCAAUAAUUGAUGAUUAAAAUGUGGAGCUUCAUUUUUCUAAUUCUUAUUAAGGGCUUCGUAUUAACGCCAUAUGCUUAGAGCUGUGUACAAAAUUGGCCAUUUUGCUUAAUGUACAAAAUAUUAGAUAAAAAUAUUUUUAUAUACUUAAUUUUUUAAAUGAAAUUAUUUAUAAUGUUCCUAGAGUGGUAUUAGUACUUAGAUCCACAUAGUAGUGCCAUGUGUAUUGAAAAAUGUACAUUUGACAUCGAAUAAAGACUGAAAAAGUCGCUGAAAAUGUUAUAAUCUUCCAAUUGUUCCUGUUUGUAUACUUUUUCUAUGAUUAUAUAAAAAAUUAGAAAUUAAUAUCACAACAUUCCAUUGUGUAAUCUAUUGGUGCAAUUCUCAAAGAACUCAUUUGUAGACUUGUUUGUUUGUUGUCUUUUUAUCAGUACUUAUCAAGGGCUCACGUGAAAAUUAUGAAUAUUUGAAUGUAAACAAUUUUCGUAGAAAUCGGAUGGCGGACCACAAUAGGGGUGUUUGGAAAGAAAUAGUGGAGGCCUUUGCCCUGCAAUGGGACACAUUACUGGCGAUAUAUAAUAAAACUCUGCCUGUAAAGCUUCGAAUAUCUAUGCCUUAUAUUUAUAACAUAUUUUUUGCCUGUUUUUGUUUACUGUUUCUCGUGCGUUAUAACGAUUGGUUCACAAUAAAUCUAAAUUAUAUUCAAUAGUGCAGCACUCGUCUCAAACGCAAAAAUAACUCUUUCAACAACUAAUAUUCUAAAGGCUCGGGGUCUUUAUUGUCCUGAUGCUCGGCAAAUUGUCCCUCUAUUUACUAUUUAUUUCUCGUCACUCGCAAAUAGCUACGAAAUGUCAGUGAAUGUCACACUUAUCUUUUUGACACGCAGCCCUUGUGGCACUCAUUGUUAGCUGCCUUAAUUGUAUAUAUUUGUUUUAUAAUAUUAUAAUUUGGAGAUUUUGUUAUAGUUGUACUACGUCCUAAUAUUGCCUAAUAGUUUUCUCUCUUUCCUUUAGUAUUUCAACAUCAACACUUCACGUGUCAAGGUACGAACGCAAAACGUUGCGUCUUCGAUAAGGGGCCUAUGAUUUACAACCAUCUAAUGACACGGUUUUAGUGAUAAAUUUUAUUGUUUCAAAUUAAGGAAAGACUCAUUAGUACCUUGUGACUAUAGUUUUAAACUGAAAUUGAUUCGAUCUGAGUAUAUUUUCAUUAUAAAAUAUUUGUGAUUCUGUAAAUAAAGUUAUAUUUCUGGAGCUGUGUCUUCCGUCUUACACAUUCUGUUUUUAAUUUGCGCAUGAAACUAAUAUUACAUAGUAUUGGACAACUCAAAUAGGAAUACGACCCUAUCUAUAUUUCGGCAUUACAGAAUGUAUACUUUUCCUAUGCGAAAAAAAAAAUAGUACUACAGAAAAAUGAUAGACGGAUCAAGUACAGACCUGACUGAACGUUAGGUUAUCAGGUCUGCAGACAGAAUAAUUUUGAGACCCUUCCGCAUCAUAUUCAUACUUGAACUAUGCAAUUUUACUUUCAAUGCGUGUCGUAUGCAUACAAGGUAUGUAAAUAAGAUAUAUAUUACCGAGUGUACGUGCACUGUAUAUUAUGUGCAACUGUUCACAAUUGACCGAAUAUAAUUUACAAACCGUGUUCGGUAUUGUUUCCUUUAGUAAUGUGAAAACCAUAUAUCAUACCUAUAUGCAACAAAAGUAAUUACUGAUGAGGUAUCAGCUGAGGAUUCUAUGUGAUAUAAGU